AUGGCACCAGCAAACGGCGCGUCAAAAGUCAUGCAGAAUCGCCCAAGGCCUGCAGUUGCGGUUCCGAGAGGCAUUGUUCCUGCUCUGCCUCUUUCCUAUGGUAAGCUACAGCAAAAGAAACUACCUACUCGAGAAAAGGCGAAGGAAGUCGCACCCCCAUCCUCGACGGCCCCAGCAGUCCAAGUACCCAUUACAUCGAUUUCAACUAUUGAUACACCUUCCGCGCAAAUCAAUGAGCCUCCUCCCAAAGACAAAGCUUUAGAGGCGACGAACGAAUCUCCCAAGCCUGCUCCCGCAGCAGUUGCCAAUACACCGUCUACUUCUGAGUCACUGGAUGGAUUUAGCUCUACUGAGUGCGGUGUUACGAUUGGUUCUGGCUCUACUGGCCGUGGUUCUACUGAGCGAAGUUCUACUGAACGAGAAGGCGAGGAAAAUUUGGUCAAUGUGAAUGAAGCAAAAGCAGACAAUCCUCAAGAGGAAAAACAAUCUGCUCCAUCCGAAACCCAAUCCACCACAUCGAGAUCAACAUAUCAAUUGCCUCCACCCUUUGUGCCAGCCAGCAAUCAAUCCACAAUGUCCUCCGAAUCUGCACAAUUUCCGCAGCAGCAGGUUGCGUUCAAUGGUCAACAUCCAAUGCACCACGCUCAUCCCAGCGUUUCAAACCCGAUCUUCGGCGGAUAUCCCGAUUCCAAUAAUUCGUCACCAGCUCCCCCUUCGAGCGCUGGCAAUAUUCCACCUUACGCUUACGCACAGCAAGGUGGUGCGCGCCAUGGUCCUCAUCUCUCAAACGGUGGCCAUCAACACCACAUGUCGAAUGGGUUUUCACCGAUGACUCCAGCAUUCCCUCCAGGAUAUUACCACCCCCAAGACGGCUUUCAGGUCCCUCCACCUGAUGAUUUCCUUCGCAAACAAAUGCAACCAUUUGUCCCACAAGAAGGUUACUCCCCAACUGGUGCUCCUCAAAUUGUUGAGAGUCCUCGGUUCAACGGCUUUGAUCCAGCCGCUAAGCACAACGUUCAUGGAUUUCGAACAUCAAUACAGGACCAGGAGAACGGUUUGGGCCCCCAUUAUGGACAUCAUCCAUCUCCACUUCCACCAAUGGGACCACCACCUUAUCGUGGCGUCGUCGGCUACCCGCGCAAAGAAGAAAUUCCAUGGGCAGGCGGCAACCGCCGAGAUCUUUGGUUUCACCUCCGUGAGCAAUUCGCACAACCAGAAUUUUCUGAUUGCGUUCUUGAGCUACGCUACUCAGAUGACCGAGCAGCUCCUCUUCGAAUUAGUGGUCACAGAUUGAUAUUGGCUCGCAGUUUCGUUUUGAAAGGUCUCAUUACAUCUGGAGCUAGCGCAAAUCGUGAAUCACCUCUACCUAUCCAGAACAUCUUGAUUGAGUCAGAUGAUCGUUACUUGCGAUCCGAUGCAUUUUCAUUGGCGGUUCGAUAUCUAUAUGGUGGACCUAUAUUGGACUUAGAUGCAAUGGCCCGCUUUCCGGCUCCAUACAUUGGAUCAGCUCCCAUGCCAUUAACCCCAGCUGAACGUUUCGACUUCACGCUUGGCUAUAUAGCGUCGGGAGUUGUUCUUCAAAUUCCUCAAAUUUGGAAGACUGGUUGCACCAUCGCGAGUCAACUCAUCACCUGGGACACAGUCGAAAAAGCUCUUGAAUUUGCUCUUGAAGGAGGUAUUGAUGGAUCGUGGAACUCGGGAAAUCCAGAUGUCAACGAUAUAGUCGGCAGAAGUACCUAUACUCCAUGCGCCAACGUCAUCAUUUCCAAUAUAAUCAACUUCAUCAUCCUGUCCUUCCCUCCUAACUUUGAAUUGGAUACGACGGUUUCAGACGUUCAUUUCAAUUCUAGAAUCCCGCAUGUACCUGAUCACCGACCCACAAACUCACGAUUGAGCUCUAUUAAGUUCGGCGACCACCCUACAGAAGAGAGCCUUCGCUCCCCUUCCUCGGAUUCUAUUACUCUUACGCUGUCAAGGUUAUUACUCAACUUGCCUUUCGGUCUCUUGAAGCACGUAUUGGAAACUGGAAAUAUGGGUGUUAUUCACGGCCAUGCAACCCAUUUACUUCGACGAAAAAUCAUGUAUCCUGUCAUUGAGGAGCGUGAAAAGAGAAGACAGAGAGCCCUCGCUAGUAAAACAUCUGAUGAGGAGCGAAUCAAGAAUGGACGUCAAUGGAAUGCCGUCGGCUGGAAAGAGGCGGUCCUUCCGUUUGAUGACAAUCGCAACGAAGAAGUUCCAUGCUUGAGAAAGACUUGGGUCGGUUUUACAAAUACUGAAAGCAAGUAA